UUUAGCAUAAUAUAAAAAUCAACCACUGUCUGUUUGUUUGCUAGCUUGCUUCAAGCCUAAGGGAGUCUAGAUUCUUCGAUCGUAAACCCCAAAAUGGUGCUGAUUGAACCCCACUACGCUGAUGAACAACAAGAACAAAAAGCUACGAAUGCCACGCUAACACCAUCUGAAACGACACCCGCUUCCGCCGCCUCAUCAAAUGUGAACGGAGAAGACGCCGCCUCCGAUGGAUUCGAAACAGCGAGCGAGCGUGACGUCGAUGACGACGAAGAGGAACACCACGUCAAUAAUCAACAGCCAUCUGAACAGAAAGCUUCCGAUUCUUAUCAAGAUGCCUUAAACGACGAGCAAUUGAAAGAGAAAGCUUUGGCACAAGCAAAUGAUGCGAAAAUGGAAGGAAAUAAAUUGUUUGGAAACGGACAAUUCGAGGAGGCAUUGUUACAGUAUGAGAUUGCUUUGCAAAUUACAGCGGAGAUGCCUACUGCCGUUGAACUUCGUUCCGUUUGUCAUUCGAAUCGAGCUGCUUGCUUUCUGAAACAGGGGAAAUAUGAGGAUACCAUCAAGGAAUGUACGAAAGCAUUGGAUCUUAAUCCUUCUUAUAUAAAAGCUCUUGUUAGACGAGGAGAAGCUCAUGAAAAGCUUCAAAAUUUUGAAGAAGCUAUUGCUGAUAUGAAGAAGAUAUUGGAAUUUGAUCCUUCUAACAACCAAGCUGUAAAGACCAUACGGCGCCUUGAACCACUAGCUGCUGAAAAACGAGAAAAGUUGAAAGAGGAGAUGAUGGCAAAACUAAAAGAAUUGGGCAACUCUGUUCUGGGUAAAUUCGGGAUGAGCGUGGACAACUUCAAAGCUGUCAAAGAUCCAAACACCGGAUCCUAUUCUAUAUCAUUCCAACGUUGAAGUGGUCGCUACUGACUACUGAUAUUUUGUUUGAUGGUAAAUGCAGUUGAAAAAAGUGCAAGGUAAAGGCUUGAGAAGUUGAUUUGCAAGUAAAUUUGGAGCACUUAAGGGGAAAUAUAUAUUUGUUUAUUUAUUGAAGAGUUGCAUUUGAUAGGUCGUUGCAAGCACAAUUUGGUUCAUUAGGAUGCCAAUAGUUAUAGCAGUGGUUUGCUUCAGUGAAAUUGAAUGUCUAUUGUACUGCCAUUCCUUGGUCGGCAUGAAUUGCAGAUGUAAUAAAAGAAAUAUAGAAUUUACCUUUCUACCA